GAACUAGUGGUUCUGUCAACUAGUUCGGGUAUUUUCUUGUAACAUCUACUCAAAGCGAGUGAAAUCUAGGAACAUCUCGAAGAAGCUAGCCGAAUCGCGAUUGCUGAAGCUGCUCGAAGACGAGGAUCAGCGACCUCACAAACCGCUACCUCCAACACAUCGGGCUCUACUAAUACUCGGGAACCACUCAUUUGUCUUUGUUCCCGUUGCGAUGAUUUUUUUCCCAGGGGAUCGCGAGGCUAGCGUCGGAAGAACCUCUGCGAAUCGACGAGGAAGCGCAAGCAAAGAGUCCACGGAGUCGAUGGAUCGCUCCAGCGAUGAACGUGCUCCCCCAAUAACAACUACGGCAUCGCCGACGGCUCCUACCGUUCCUUUAUCAUUGCCGACUACCACGGCCGCGAAUCCUCCAGUACUUGGUAUCCGAAGGAAGAGUCAGGGCUUAUCUGUAUCUCGAUCGAAUCGUCGUGGUACUGGCCCAGUCUUGGCUGAGGAUAUCCACGCCGCUGUUUCCGCACGACAAACAGCCGAAACGGGUGCUAAUGUGACGACCACCCGUGCAUCAUCGACGGACCCCGUAAUAUCUGCUACCACAACCGUUCGCCCCACUGUUAGCGUUAGCUCGUUCACGCGACCUCUCAUCUCCAGUACUAGUGUUCGUUCGGAUGUUGCACGUGGCGUGGAAACGACUACCAGUCUUAACCCGCCGGUAUGCCUUCCUUUGUUGUAA